AUGACUGCAGUCGGAAUAAUCUUCCAGAAAAUUAAAUCAAAUUCGCUCCCGGACAACAAAACUAUAUCUCUUAUGCCGGUAGAGUAUGAGAAUAGUGACGAUGUGGGGCUAUACUUCCAUGAAAUGUUUAAGGAGAAGGAUAUCCGAAUAUACUAUCAUGAUAAGUCCGAUGAAGCAAGUUGGGGCCCCACCGGUCCAUCUUCGACGUAUAGCGAAAGCGGCGAAGACGUAGCUUCAAAAGUUGGCACGGGCGGGGGUUACCGUGGCCGCGGUUACUAUCGCGGCGGUGGACGUGGCGGCGGUAAUUAUCGCGGCGGUCGACAAGACGGCUGUCGACGUGGCGGCGGUAAUCAUCGCGGCGGUCGUCGUGGCGGCUAUAAACAUCGCGGCGGUCGUCGUGGCGGCGGCGGCGCUCGAUAUCGCGGCGGUGGCUACUAUCGCGGCGGCAGAAAUUAUGAUCGCGCCAUCUUCAUUUAUUGA